UUUUGACUCAAGCGCCUCGGGCGGCAUGGCCCGGGCGCCGGGGAGCCGCAUCUCGCCGCCCUCGCAGUGGCGGUCUAACCAGGAGCCUUAGAUGAUCAGCAGCAAUGUCAGCGGUGAGGAGAUCCAGAUGAUGGUGCCGCAGCAGGUGGCCGGAUUCGGUGAUGGGGCUCGGGCAGGGGGCCGUUCGCGUCGAAGACGGUCUCCAUCCUUGCUGUUGGGAGCUGCGGCGCGCCCUGCCCUCCGAGGUGCAGUGCUUCGACAUGUCAAGCGAGGAGAAGCCGCAGGAUGUGCUCGAGGAGCUCAGAGCUUGGCCGCUGCAGGAGGCCGCCGGCAAGGAGUCCAUGGCCAGCAGAAGAAGUUCGAGUCGCAGCAAGAUGUCCUGUUCAGUGAGGGGAGGGCUGACAAGUACUCCGACCUGCCCCACAUCCCGAAGUCCCCCGACUUCGAGACAGAGCUCCCGAGCUAGGCGAACACGCAAUUUCGGCAGGAAGUCAGGUAGAUUGCGCAGCAGGGGAUGCAGCGGGAGAUGGAGCAUGUCAUGGAGAACAUGACGCACGCCCUGUAGCUGAUGCGGCAGAAUGUGAAGCAGAAUCUGGUGUUGCACGAGGACUCCAUGCAGCGGCUCCAGCAAGAAUUCGACAAGUACAGAGGCAUCUUCAUCUCCAGGAUCGUGCGGGUCGAGUGCACGCUCGGCUACACGCAUGCGCCUGACCGCAAGACAGAUUGGGCGCGAGGGCGCGCCGCGAACAGAUCGAGCGGCAUGGGGAAUUUCGUAUAUCCACAGCUAGGCCCCAUGCCAGUAUCUCGAGCGGACCUGCCUCGUCCCCGCGCUGGUCCUCCUCCGAGGUGCCACCGCUGCCCGAUGACUCGUCGCUCCGACAAGGAGCCCCAUGGGGGGAGGCUGCCAAGGGGGUCCUCUCCCUGCCGCUGCGCCUGGGAGAGGGCUCAAAGGGCACCGAGCUUUUUCUCGUGCAGCGAUGGCUUCAUGAUCUACGCCUGCUCGAUGUGCAAAGCUUACAAAUGCGUGUUCGAGACCAGGUCAGGUCAGACCACGUCGAUCUACGCCCGCUCGACCUGACAGACGAGACCAGAUCAGAAAUUUGAGACAUUUGAGACACGACCAGACAGAAUGAAGUUUCAUGAUCUACGCCUGAUCUACGCCUGCUCGACCUGAGAAAUGCGUGCUCGGAGGUCCUCGUCCUAGCCCCGUCCGAUCGCCUCCGCGCGGCGCGCACCGCGGUGGUGCGGCGCGCGCGCGGGCCCUUCGCGAGGCCGCGAGGCCGCGCGAGAGGCGCGGCGACCUCACGCGCCCCCCGAGGACGAGGAGG